AUGUCAACAAGUUGGGGAGCUCAGUAUCCGAAGUUGAAGAGAAAUCUUCAACUUGCAAUCAACCGUUUGAAAGUGAUGGGCAAGAAGAAGACGGAAAUGGCAUUGAAGGCACGUACGGAGAUUGCUGAAUACAUAGCAUCAAAUAAGGCCGAUCGGGCUCGAAUACGGGUGGAGCACAUCAUUCGCGAGGAUUACGUGGUUGAAGCAUUCGAAAUACUGGAGAUGUAUUGCGAUCUUCUACUCGCCAGAUUUGGAUUGAUUGAACAAAUGAAAACACUUGAUGAUGGUAUUGCUGAAGCUGUUGUCAGCAUUAUGUGGGCAGCUCCAAGACUUGCCAAUGACAUCCAGGAGUUCAAGACCAUAAGCGAUCAACUGGCAGUCAAGUAUGGAAAACCUUUCGCUGAAGCAGCCAGGGCAAAUCAGUUGGAGUUUCCUGCUAAAGUUUCUCCGAAACUUAUCAACAAACUGAGCGUUGCUGCACCGCCAAAGGUGAUGGUAGAAAGGUGGGACUUCAUUUUUUUCCUAUUUCGUUCUUGUUGA